ACCUAUCAGCAAUUAUUCCUAAAUUAUAGGUCCUUAAUCCUAGCUAGCAACUAACCCACUCUCUCACGUCUAACAACCCAUAACACUUACUCCUAAUGCUGAUUAACACGUUAGUGUUAAGGAGGCCGGCUUUGCCUCGAAGAAGCCAUUCUCAACUCUUCUUCCCUUCUCUUCGUUUCCCUCUUUCUCUUUUUCUUAACCCCUCUGUUCCAUUCUUACAAAACAGAGUCCCAAAUCCCUCUUGAAACCCAUCGAGAAGAAAGGCACACAACAUUUGGUAUCAGAGCCGACCGAUCCUACUGCUAUGGAUGCUUGUGCAAAACAACUUGAAGCUACGCUGGAGGGGAUUGUGCAAGAAAACACCAAGUUGAGACAGGUGAUGCAGGAAGGUUUUGCCGCUCUCAAUGUGAGGUUCGAUCGAUUGCUAGCAUUGAGCGAGAAGAAGGAUCCCAGCAUGAAGCUAUUUAAUGGCGCCUGCAAGUUAGGAAUCGACAACCCAAUGAAGUCCAAAAUAAAUUGGCCCCAAGUUCUUAAGGAAGAGGUCGACGAUGGCGUUGAAACUGCGCCAUCAGUAUCAGUCACCGCUCCGCCAGCGAAUGUGCCACAUCCAUUAACCCCUGCCGCCACUCUCCAAGUUGAGGUGCUGCUCAAAGCCAACCUUCCGUAGGUCAUCACCCUGGCCUCGGGAAGCAUCGCUGCUCUAAAGGAAGCCGAAGAGGCCGCACAACCAAACAAAAGUGUCGCUUCAUCUGUAGCCCAACUAACCAACAACUUUUCUUCCGCUAAAACCCAUCCCGCCACCAUGGCUCCGGCUUCGGGUGAUUGUGACCUGAAGGGGCAAGAGUGUGAGCUUCAAAGCCAGGUGAAUGGGCUUGUAUCGCCUAGGAAUGAAUAUGGGGCGAUUGACGAAGAGAAUUGUGGCAAGUACAGUGGGUGUCUGCCAUCUCCUCCCACCAAUUGGAAGUAUAGAAAGAAGGAUCAUUGUUCUCUGUUGAUUCUUGUGGUCAAGAAUCUUUCAAAGAGGGAUGGUAUGUUACGUGCAAAUUAUUAGCUGGAAAUUAGGGUUUUUUAAUUGGGUUGUUGGUAGUGGGAUAGUGCUCCGUAGCUAGUUUUUAGGAGUAGUAGGUUUGAGCUUUGCCUAUUUAAUUCAGUUUGAAUGGUUGUAAUUGGGAGCCAAGAAGAUUAAUUAAAGGAACACGUUAGUGUUAAGGAGGCCGGCUUUGCCUCGAAGAAGCCAUUCUCAACUCUUCUUCCCUUCUCUUCGUUUCCCUCUUUCUCUUUUUCUUAACCCCUCUGUUCCAUUCUUACAAAACAGAGUCCCAAAUCCCUCUUGAAACCCAUCGAGAAGAAAGGCACACAACAGACGAUGACGAAGCAAAGGGGGAAGGGGAAGGGUAUCGCAGAGUUGGCGAUGAAUCGAUAGUCAAUCGAUUCCGCUUCCCGUUUCCUAGAUAGCCGCCGAGCUUGAAUUGAGAAGAAGCAGGGGGCAGGAGGUGUUGCCGCCAUUGUUGGUAGUGGUUAGGGGUAUUUUUAUUGGGAUUCAAUUGUUGUUGGCGGAGCUCGACUUCAAUCCCACCACCGGGGAGCUUGUGGUAUCUGCGGCGUCGGCAGGGAUGGGUGAAUCGGGGAUAUCGAUGAGGGUUUGCAGGCUUGAGGGGCGGCGACGAGGGAAAGUGGAAGGGGUAGGGAAAAAUUUAGUGAAGUUUUUUUAUUUCAAAAUUAAUUAUUUUUAUAAUUUAAAAUGACGUGGCAAUGAUAUGAUGACUGGUCGCUGACGUGUGCGAUGAUUUGGCAUCUUAGUCAGCCUAACGUUAACCUAACUGACGGAGUUUGUAACACCGUCAAAGUUUCUAACAAAAAUGGCUAGAUUUGUCACAUACCAUCCAAUUUUUAGGCUAUUUUGUGUUUUCGGAUAGUUUUGGCUAUAUUUGUCAAAAACGUGAAAGUUAUGGCUAUACAAGUGUAUUUUGCCAAAAUUUAACAUGAACUUAUGAGUUUCAGAAAUCAAAUUCAACUUGAGGCAUUUUAGAAAAUUGUAGGUUAAACUCGAUUUAAUAAAUUUGUAUGGCAACCCAAAUUCAAAAUUCAUUUAUAUGUGUUAGGCCUAGUCACUUUCGACUCUCAUACAAAAAGAAAAAGGUAAUAUGUUAUAAUCAUUUUUUGAAUUUGUUUCAACAAUAACUAUUUGGGUAUGCCUACUAUGACAUGCAUGCCAUGGUGACAUGCACUUUUCGGUCGACCUAUUCCUGAAGGCGGUCGACCGAAUUGACUAAUUUGGGCAGCACGAGAAAGCAUUGCGGUCGACCUCAACGACCACUUGGUCGACCGCACUUAGUUUAAGUUGUUAUUUUUGGUCGACCAGAAUAAAACCUCGGUCGGCCAUUUCGCUGGCGUCAGUUGCAACAUGGUCGACCACCUAAGGUAUAUAGGUCUACCACUUGAUGGCAGUCAUUAACAAAAUGGUCGACCGGAUAAGGAAAGAGAUCGACCAGAUAGAAGAUAAGUGUUCUAUCAAAGUGUCCAAUCAUUUGACGUAAAAUGAAGAUCAAGUGUUGGU